AAAAUAGCGCAAGAUCGCCGUGUUUUUAUACGAAAUUGUUUUAAAUUAAUAAGUUUUAAUUAUUUUUGUUAUUAAAUUUUUUUGUUUUAGCUCGAGAUUUAGAACGAUUUUUUUUCACAACACCUGUCCUUAUCUUCAAAUAAGAAGAAAUAGUCAACAUCAACAACAACCAACACAGACCACAAAAUGACGUCUGCCAAUACGAACAUUGCUGAAUAUGACUACCUCAUCAAGUUCCUUGCUUUAGGAGAUUCUGGAGUGGGUAAGACUUCCAUACUCUACCAGUACACUGAUGGCCAGUUCACAGGGAAGUUCACAUCCACUGUUGGCAUCGACUUUCGGGAGAAAAGAAUUAUACACAAGACUUCAAUGCCUGACGGUUCGCCAGGGAGGAGCCAAAGGGUACACCUCCAACUUUGGGACACAGCUGGUCAAGAAAGAUAUAGGAGCUUAACAACAGCGUUUUUUAGAGACGCAAUGGGUUUCCUACUGGUCUUCGACAUCACCAAUGAGCAGUCCUUCGUGAACCUUCGAAAUUGGAUCACCCAACUGCAAACCCACGCCUAUUGUGAGAGUCCGGACAUUGUCCUCUGUGCCAACAAGGUUGACCUCGAGAACCAGAAGGUCAAGGAUGAAGAGAUUAAGAAGUUUGCUGAAACGUUCAACAUGCCUUACUUUAUGACGAGUGCAGCCACUGGUCAAAACAUUUCGAAGGCCAUUGAGUGCCUCUUACAAAAGGUCAUGGUCAGAAUUGAGGUCGCAGUGGAUAAACAGCACGUGGCACAGCAGGCCAAAGGUCAAGUUCAUUUAAAUGCCAGCGCCGGGGAUGAGAAGGGUGGCUGUGCUUGCUGAUUGGCUUGCUUGUGAUUGGUUGAUUGAUUAGUUUAGAUUGCAUGGUCGGUUCGUUGAUUGGCUGGCUGGUUGGCUCAUUUUGAUUGGUUGGACGAUCGAUUUUGAUUUGAUUCUCUUGGUCAAUGAGUUCGUUUUGAUGGCUGAUUAAUCUCGUCAUUUUAUAAGAGUUGUUUUGAUUGGCUGGUAAACUGAAUACAAUUGACUCUAAUAUGUUGAGAGCUAGAUGGUUCUUUAUUGGUUGAUUAAUUUUUAUUCGCUAGUCACGAUUGGAAAGCAUUAGAAUGGUAGUUUUAUUGGUCUAUUUUCUAGGAGAUUAAUUGAAUUCGAUUGGUUGGUGGUAAAGAAUGAUUGGCUAGCUAGUGAUAAUUUGGAUGAUGAAGACAACGACGACGUUGAUGAUGUUGUUGAUCAGCUGUACAUUUUUAUUCUUCGCAAAGUUUUCAAUUACGUUUGUUACACACGCAAAAUGUGAUUUUUAAAUGUUAGUAAAUAAAAUUGUGUAGGUCCUAACAAAUUUAAUCACGUUGAUAAUAAUUAUUUUAAUCAUUUUUAUUAAUUAUUUUUUAAUUAUUAAAUAUAUAUAUUUGUUAUUUGGUUGUGUAUUAUCUUUCAUAACUUUUCAUAACUUUUAACCUACUUUAACAUUUUCGUCGAUCAAUGCUUUAACACACAGACACACGCACACACAUAGAAGGAGAGAGAGAGAGAGAGAGAGAGAGAGAGAGAGAGAGAUACACACACAUACAUUUAUAUACGUGUUUAUGAUUUAUUAAUGUGUAUACUUGAAUGAUAUAUAUAUAUAUAUAUAUAUAUAUAUAUAUAUAUAUAUAUAUAUAUAUUUUAAAUCCCAUAUUCUUGGCUUCUAACUUUAUAUAUGAUAUAUUUAACUGCAUUUUUAUCUGUGCUAAUAUCUGAGCUUAAUAUGUAUAUAUGUAUAUAUAU